AUGGAAAAAGUACGAAUGCUUCAUCCAUCAUCGGGACGUGAUAAUUUUAAUGUUGUCCCGAACCAAGCAACAACUAACACCGCCGAUGAUCUAUCACCACAAGCGACUAUCCAGAACCAAGAUACAGCACGAGCAGCAAGCGAGCAAGACAUAGAAGAACAAACAAGAAAUGCUAUUAUGACGGCCGCUGCAUCUCAUUCACAAGUAUCACCAAAUAAUUCAACGGCUAAUGAGAAAAAAUAA